AUGGCAGAACCUCUUCUUGAGGACAGAAGUUCCAGGAGCCUGGUGCUGUGCCAGCUGGUGUGGAGUCAGGAGGAGGCCAAGGUGAUCGCUCUAGAAAAGGGAGGGAGAAGUCAUUUUCCACCCUGUUGGACUCCUAAGCCUUGUGACAACAGUUUCCCUUCACAGGCUUCACAGUGCUUAUCUGACAGGAACUGCAGUACCAGAAAAUUCUGCCUCAAGCCCCGCAAUGAGAAACCAUUCUGUGCCACGUGUCAUGGGUUACGGAGGAGAUGCCAGCAUAAGGCCAUGUGCUGCCCAGGAAUGCUCUGCAUGAACGAUGUUUGUACCAUGAUGGAAGAUGCAACCCCAAUAAUGGACAGACAGAUCAAAGACCACGAUGGCACGGACAAGAAGGGGACAACUGAGCAUCCAAUUCAGGAGAACAAACCCAAGAGGAAGCCAAGUAUUAAGAGAUCACAAGGCAGUAAGGGACAAGAGGGAGAAAGCUGUCUUAGAACUUUGGACUGUGGCCUUGGACUUUGCUGUGCUCGUCAUUUUUGGACUAAAAUUUGUAAACCAGUCCUCCUGGAGGGACAGGUCUGCUCUAGGAGGGGGCAUAAAGACACUGCUCAAGCCCCAGAAAUCUUCCAGCGCUGUGACUGUGGCCCUGGACUGUCAUGUCAAAGUCAAGCAGCUGGCAAUCAACAACACAUACGGUUAAGAGUGUGCCAAAAAACAUAAAAAACUAAAUAUUUGAAAAUAAAGAAUCUUCCUUGUACUCAAGCAGAAUCUCAGAUACUAAUUUUAAAAUACUUCCGUACAAGUAUCUCUUAAAAUCAAAUCUUGUGGCAACAGAAAUAGACUGAAACUAGAGAAUUGUUAGAUGCUGCCUUGUGAUGAAUGGAAACCAGCUUUGGCUUUUUGUCUGUUUCUCCAGAAAACUGAUGUAUUACAAAAAAUUUAAUCCUUAUCUAGUGACUCAGUUCAAAUAAAUCUUUUCUAAAAGUUGAAA